GCAUCAAAUAGAAUGAACUUUACCAAGUGUAUUAUUCCCUGCAGCCUCAAAUCUCAAUCUGGUAGCUAGUAGAAGAAUAAUUGAGUUAAAAAAGAAGAGGGAUAGACAUCGAUGGAAACCGCUGUAGAAUCUGCAGUUGGAUUCCUCUUAGAAAAUCUGUUGCAGUUAAUUAAGGAGAAUCGCGAUUUGAUAAGCGGUGCCGGUAGCAAAGUCACCGAACUCUCAGACAACCUUGAUCUACUGAAGAGCUUCGUGACCACGUACACGGAAAAGCACUUCGAAAACGACAUCCUGCAAAAUUUGGCGAAGCAGAUAAGGAGUCUCACGCAUGAAGCUGAAGAUGUCAUUGAAGAAUACAUCUAUUGUGUUGCACUGCAUAAGAGCAGAGGGAGGGUUGAGAAGUUUAUUCACUCGCCUGCAUAUGGAUCCAGCGUACGGGCUGUCAGCAAAAAGAUUCAAGAUGUCAGUAAUCGGGUGAAGGAAAUGUAUCAAAGGAAUUUUUUGAUCGGUGGGGAUGCCUUCAACGCUGAUAGAGUGGACAAAAAGCCCAAGCCUGGUGUUCCAGGGGCUGACAAAGUCAUAGGUUUUGAGGAUGCAGCCGCAGAAGUUAUUGAACGUCUCACCGGUAAAAAAUGGGAUCAACAAAGAAAAACAGAUUCAGAGCAGCAAAAGACCGAGAUGAAGCACAUGACUGAGGUAAAGCAGCAGAUUGAAUUGAAACGGAUUGAGGAUCUAGAAGUGGUUUCAAUUGUUGGAAUGCUUGGGUUGGGAAAAACGACACUUGCUAGAAAGGUUCUAAUUGACCCUGUCAUCGAGUACGAGUUUUUCACUCGUAUAUUUGUUGCCGUUUCUCAAGAUUACGAGAAGAGGGAAGUGCUUCAAACUAUUCUAGUCCAGGGUGGUUUCUUUAAGAACAUCACAGAAUUGAAUGGAAAGUCUAUUGAAGAAUUAGAAAGACUGAUUGGUGAUAAGUUAAAGAGCAAAUAUUUGGUUGUCCUGGAUGAUGUGUGGACCAAUGAUGUAUGGAAGCAACUCAAACCUGUUUUCCCCGACAACAAAAAGGGCAGCAGGGUGUUAAUAACCACUCGGCACAAAUUUGUGGCCGAGUACAGUAAAUCAAAGAUCAGACCCUAUGACUUACGUUUCUUGUUUCCAGAAGAGAGUCGGGAAUUACUUCGAACAAAGGUCUUUGAUGAGAACAGAUGUCCAGAGCACCUAGAGGAGAUGGAAACAAACAUUUUGGACAAGUGUAAAGGGCUACCACUAGCAAUAGUGGUCACUGCUGGUAUUCUUAGGAAUAAUCGAGAGAGAAAGGAAUGGUGGGAGAAAGUGUUUCGUGGUGUGAGUAAUUUAGUCGAUGAUGACCAGAAGCGAAGUGAGAUGUUGAUAAAAUUGAGUUAUGAUCAUUUGCCUUUCCAAUUGAAACCAUGUUUUCUGUACCUUGGGGUCUUUCCGGAAGAUGUGGACAUUCCAGUUUGGAAAUUGUUGAGGUUGUGGAUUGCGGAAGGGUUCAUACAGCACAUUCCAGAUACAAGCUAUGCAAGCUUGGAGGAAAUAGCAGGGGAAUACUUGAGGGAAUUGGUUGACAGGAAUCUAGUUAUGGUCGCAGAUAGAAGGUCAAAUGAUGAGAUUAAGACAUGUCGUGUCCAUGACACGUUACGCCACUUUUGCAAGAAGAAGGCCAUAGAAGAAAAUCUGUUUCAAGAAAUAAAAUUGGAUGAGCUUAUUGGUCCAUCUGCAAGCGCCUCUCUAAAAAAUAGCCGUCGCUUGUGUGUUAGUGCCUACCUUUCAGAUUACAUUUCUAGAACUCCUUCUGCUCCUUGUGUACGCUCAUUGUUGAGUUUAGCCAAGGAUGAGAGUGCUCUGAGCAAGGAAGAUUGCGCACUUAUUGCUAAACCCUUCAAACUACUCAAAGUGCUGGAUGUCAAAUCCAGCAAGAUUGUUGGUCGUUGUCCUGCAGAACUAGCUAAACUUGUUCUCUUGAAGUACAUUGCCAUAAAUUGUGAGCUCAAGACCCUUCCAAAGAAGAUGUCUAGCUUGCUUAACUUGCAAACUAUCAUUAUUGACACAACAUCCAGUAGCCUUGAUAUACAGCUAGACUUGUGGAAGAUGACACAACUAAGGCAUCUUCAUGCUAAUGCGUCGACUACCUUGCCUAAAUGUCAGGAACAGACCAUAAUGGUAAAUUUGCAGACCCUAUCUACUAUAUCUCCUGAAAGUUGCACCACAGAUGUGUUUAAAAGGACACCAAAACUCAAGAAACUGGGCAUACGUGGGAAUAUAGGUCUUCUUGUGCAGCCCAGUAGGGAGUCUAGUUUGUCUGACGGUCUCUUACAACUGGAACUCCUUGAAAAAUUGAAGCUGCAUAAUGAUGAUGUAACUUGCAAGUUGCAGGCCCUUCCAUUCGAGCACAAGUUUCCAGCAAAGCUAACAAGGUUGAGUCUGCAAAGCACGAGUCUUGAUUGGAGUCAUAUGUCAACUUUGGGGAAGUUGAAGUCUCUUGAGGUGCUUAAGUUGAAGGACAACGCCUUUAAGGGAAAGCAUUGGGAGACAGAAGAUGGGGGUUUUCGAUAUCUCAAAGUUUUGUUUAUUGGAGCUACAGAUUUAAAGGUUUGGAAAGCUAAGUCAAGUAAUUUCCCUGAACUCAAAAGCCUUGUUCUCAAGCAGUGCAGAAAUCUCGAGGCUAUCCCAUCUGACCUUGCAAAUGCGAAAAGCCUCCAGGUGAUUGACCUAGAACACACCAGCCAAACGGUGGUUGCCUCCGCAAAGAAUAUGCAGUUGCUGCAAUUGCGAGUUCUCAGGCAGAAAAGGGACAUCGAGACCAGCGAGCUCAAGGUCAAGAUCUAUCCUCCAGAGUAGAAAAAAUACAAGUGCUUCCAAGUUCAAAUCCCUUAAGAGGAUACAAUUGAGGUUAAAACAAUGGUGAUUCUUUAACUGAUCCUCUUGGGAAGCACUUUAAAAAAUGCCUUCUGUUCUUUUCUUAUCUCUAGCAGGAUAUUGCCUGGUCUUGCAUUCUGUUGCUCCAAUCAAAAUUUCUAGCCAGAGGUGCCGCAGAUUCUAACUUUUAGUGUUUUCUUUUACCAUUAUGUACCAAUAACAAAGCCAAUUGCAUGCGGACUUCUAUCUCUUAAAAUGUUCCCCUUUCUUUCCCAUUCUUUUCAGCUAGUUUAUUGUGAUGGAGAUAAGGCAACAGAUGUUUUGGCCAACUGAGGAACAAGGUGUGGAGGUGCUCUUUCCCUCUGGGAACUCAACUGGAUAAAAUCCAGUUUGAAAUAUCAUCUUGCGGGUAUCGUGGUAUGUUUUGUGUCCAAUAAGGGAGUGGACAACACCUCUCAACAUUGUUUCAGUGUAUUGGUAAUCAAGUUUGAACUGAAUCUUGUUGUAAUAUCCGAUGCAUUUUCCAAUUGUCUUCCA